AUGACAUCCUUGAAGCCACUCGAUAAGAAGAAUGCGAUUAUAACCGGCGCCUCGUGCGGCAUCGGCCGAGGAAUUGCGAAGGAGCUUGCAAGCCGCGGGGCCAACGUCCUCAUCACAUUCAGUACUUCAGCCAUCCUGGCACAAGAUCUCGCACAAGAGCUUGAAGAGAUAUACGGGGUGUCGACCAUAGUUAUCCAAGCCCAGGCAAACGACCCUGGUGCCCCUGCAGCCAUUGUUAAGGCAGCUGUUGAGAAAUGGGGUUGCAUUGACAUUAUCGUCAACAAUGCGGCAAUUCGCGAAGACUAUGAUUUUAUGGAUAUGACACCUGAAGUAUGGCAAUUGCAGCUGAUGGCAAACUUGCAGUUCCCCGUUUUCUUGGUCAAGGAAGCCGUGCCAUCAUUUGGCAAGGCUCCACGAAUUGUCAACCUGUCCAGCAGCUAUUCGCAGGAUGGCCAUGCGGGGUGCCUGGCCUACGUUGCUGCCAAGGGUGCUAUGGAAGCUGUCACAAGAUCGCUUUCCCGGGAAAUUGGUCAGAAGUACAAUGCGAUUGUGAACUGUGUUCGGCCUGGUCCAGUCAAUACAGAACUAUGGAAGCGAAGCAUUACGGAGCCUGAAGUGCUAGCGCGAUGGAAUCCGCUUAUCCAGAAUACCCCAGCCGCACCUCGAGUCGCUGAGGUGGAGGAUAUUGCUCAGGUAGUUGGGUUCCUUGUUAGUGAAGACACUAAAUGGGUUACCGGAAGCGUCAUCAAUGCUAGUGGUGGUUUAAUGUUUCAAUAG